UGUAACGUUAAUGUUUUGAAAUAACAAAACAAAGCUGUGAUAUAACUUUAAAUUGCAUCCUUGCCACUUUUACGACGGUUCCUAACUUUAGUGGGUCAUCUCCUGCUCCACUGACUGUCAAUCCGUGGAAGGUUUUCCAAAGCGCUGCUGCAGCCUACAGCAUAUCAGCUCUUGAUGUGUGUGGAGGGGAAACAACAACAACAACAACAACAACAACACCUGUGCGACAUUAGGCGUGAUUUCUCCUGCCCACUACAACAGAGCUGUUGCCAGUUGAUGGUCAUGGUGAAACCUAUUGAGGAUCAACCUCGGCGGAGCGUGUGAAUAACAUCAAACCGAGUGCACUUCCAGCAGCUGGUGCUGCCUGGCCGGCUGCGGCGCCAGUCAGAGGCAGAGGACCCGACCAUCUGAAGCGGAGUGGGGGUAGUCAGUAAGCGGCUUACAGCCCGGCCAGCAGGCCCACGGUUGAACUGAUGCGGAGAAUGGACAGCUUCGUCACCGCGGCGGAACAUGGCUUAUAAAAGGAGGCGUUGCUCGGUAUUGCUGGCAUCGACAUAACUGGAUCAGACCUCCUGAAGGAAUGUUCACCCUCACAGAAGUCGCCUCCCUGAAUGACAUCCAGCCAACUUAUCGAAUACUGAAACCAUGGUGGGAUGUCUUCAUGGAUUAUCUCGGUAUUGUCAUGUUGAUGUUGGCCAUAUUUUCUGGAACGAUGCAAUUAACUAAGGACCAAGUGGUUUGUCUUCCCAUUCUGGAACAAACUCCAGAGGGGUCUGGGGGAUUCUUAGCACCCCAACCACCAGAGACAGCUGAUAGUUUAUGGAACAAAGAAAGUGCCAUCGGUGAGCAAGCUGCUCCUUUAAUGGCUAAAAGGCCUCCUGACAGCAUCGCCCCUACAGUUCACUUUACACAGUCGGGUACUUUCGGGCAGCCUCAGCCUACAGGUGUCAGAACCAAGCUAGAUUUUCAGCAGUAUGUUUUUGUCAACCAGAUGUGCUACCAUGUUGCCCUUCCUUGGUAUUCCAAAUAUUUCCCGUACCUCGCUCUAAUCCACACUAUCGUAUUAAUGGUCAGUAGCAACUUCUGGUUCAAGUACCCAAAGACAAGUUCCAAAAUAGAACAUUUUGUUUCCAUACUGGGAAAAUGUUUCGAAUCGCCUUGGACUACCAAAGCACUGUCUGAGACUGCAUGCGAGGACUCGGAGGAGAACAAGCAGAGACUGGCUGGCGCCUCCUCCCUCCUGAAGCAUUUGUCCACAAGCAGCGAGGAGGGGAGUCCAAACCAGUCCGCCCCAAUGCUGACUAAAUCUGGGGUCACGUUUUCUGUUGAAAAGCUUGUGAGUGAAAUUCCCUCCCUGACCAUACUGGACAAGAAAGAUGGUGAGCAAGCAAAGGCCCUGUUCGAAAAAGUCCGGAAAUUCCGUGCCCAUGUGGAAGACAGUGACUUGAUAUAUAGACUGUAUGCAAUUCAGACAGUCAUCAAAACGGUCAAAUUCAUUUUGAUCCUGUGCUACACCAUGACUUUUGUUGCCUCUAUAGAUUUUGACCAUGUGUGUGAACCUGAAAUAAAGCAUUUGACUGGGUACGCCAAGUUCCAUUGUACACACAACAUGGCAUUCAUGUUAAAGAAACUCCUUGUUAGUUAUAUUGCUAUCAUAUGUGUUUAUGGCAUAAUCUGUAUAUACACACUGUUCUGGCUUUUUCGGCGACCCCUUAAGGAGUAUUCGUUUGAAAAAGUCAGAGAGGAGAGCAGCUUUAGUGACAUUCCAGAUGUUAAGAAUGACUUUGCGUUCCUCCUCCACAUGGUCGAUCAGUACGACCAGCUGUAUUCAAAGCGUUUUGGUGUUUUUCUCUCUGAGGUGAGUGAGAACAAACUUCGGGAGAUCAGCCUGAACCACGAGUGGACCUUCGAGAAGUUGCGGCAGCAUGUGACGCGCAAUCCUCAAGAAAAGUUGGAACUUCAUCUUUUUAUGCUGUCCGGAGUGCCAGAUGCUGUGUUUGAUCUCACCGAUUUGGAAAUCCUUAAACUAGAAUUAAUCCCAGAGGCCAGGAUAACAGCUAAGAUCUCACAAAUGAUAAACCUCCAGGAGCUGCACUUCUAUCACUGUCCAGCCAAAGUUGAACAGACUGCUUUCAUUUUUCUUCGUGAUCACCUCCGGUGCCUUCAUGUCAAAUUCACAGAUGUUGCUGAGAUUCCUAGCUGGGUAUACUUGUUGAAAAAUUUAAGGGAACUGUACUUGGUUGGUAACCUGAACUCUGAAAACAACAAAAUGAUCGGACUCGAGUCUCUGCGAGACCUAAGACACUUAAAGAUUCUGCAUCUCAAAAGCAACCUCACAAAGAUCCCGACAAACAUAACGGAUCUGUCUCCGCAUCUGAUCAAGUUGGUGGUUCAUAACGAUGGUACAAAGCUCUUAGUGCUGAAUAGUUUGAAGAAAAUAAUGAAUCUCGCAGAACUGGAGCUUCUUAACUGUGAGCUGGAGCGAAUCCCCCACGCUAUCUUCAGUUUGAACAACCUUCAGGAGCUGGAUCUAAAAUCCAACAACAUUCGUACUAUCGAGGAGGUCAUCAGCUUUCAGCACCUCAAGAGACUGACGUGCCUCAAACUUUGGCACAAUAAGAUCAUCACCAUUCCAUUGUCAAUUAGCCAUGUCAAAAACCUCGAGUCACUUUAUCUCUCACACAACAAGCUCGAGUCUUUACCCUCAUCAUUAUUCACCCUUCUCAAGUUGAGAUACCUGGAUGUUAGCCAUAACUCUAUUAAGGUAAUACCACCAGAGGUCGGCUUUCUGCAGAACCUCCAACAUUUUGCCAUCACCGGCAACAAAGUCGAGGUAGUUCCGAAGCAACUGUUCAAGUGCACCAAACUGAGGACCUUAUGUCUCGGCCACAACUGUAUCUCCUCCAUUCCAGAGAAAAUCGGCCAACUCUCGCAGCUGACACAUCUGGAACUGAAGGGAAACUGUCUGGAUCGUCUCCCGGCUCAGCUCGGUCAGUGCUGCCUCCUGCGCAGGAGCUGCUUGAUUGUGGAGGAUCAUCUCUUUGACUCGCUCCCCAUGGAGGUCAAAGAGUGCAUCAAUCAGGAAUCUAGUGUUUCUUUUCCAAAUGGGUGUAAGUGUCUAAGUGAUGGACGGUAGUCUCAUCCUACAUGGCAUCAAAUGUAAGGCAUUUCAUCUUAGGUGUAAAGAAAUCUUUUUUUUUUUAAUUCUUUUUUUUUUUAAAUCAUGCCAUUAGAAACAGUAGUUCAGGGUACAGUAUUGGUACGCUUCAUGAUGUUUUAGCAACUUGAAAUGAACAUACCAAGGCACAUACAAGGUCGGUACCACUAGAGACAUUUUAGAUAAACUCUAGAAAUGAUCGUGGCUUGUGUCAUAUAUAUAUAUAAUUUAAUUUUGUUUUCAGUUAAUGUAGGUACAUAGUAGCAGCUAAAUCACCCUGCAUAUAAUUUGUACCUUUUUGUAUGCAAAAAUGUCUAUAGUGGAUCUACAGAAAUUUGUAUCAUUUUGAAGCUAUCCCCCUUUUUUAAUCUCAGAUUAAGUAGAUGCACUUGAUUGACCUCAAUUAAAGGGAAAGUUCACUCAAAUUACAAACAGAAAUUUCACUUUUCUGUAAUGGAAUCUAGCCAUGCAGGUAGUUUUGGUUUCGUCAGCCCAAGUUUUGACUUUGAGAUUUCGGCCUUUACCCAAAUAAAAUGGAUGUGAAUAGAAUUUGGUCUGCAGUACUCACAGCAAUAAAAUAUUAUAUCUGAAAAAAUUUAACAGCAACAUUUCUUUCCAGAAACAGUGUCCCCAUUACCCUGGAUAAGACCUUGCAGUUUUUAUUACAUUUACAUUUUAUCAAAAAAAUAUUCUUCAUGAAACCUGUUUACAGCAAGUGUGCUGAUUAGUGAGUGACCCGAGCAGUGCUUCUGGAAAGAGGUGUUGCUGUUGAAAUUUUCAAUGCUGUAAGCACCAUAAACAAAAUUCCAUUGUAAUGGGAUGGAGGCAGAUAUCUCAGUUAUGGAUAUCUCAAAACUUUAACAAACUACCUGCAUGGCUAGAUACUACUAUGGUAAGUUAGAAAAUACGUUUUCCUGUUAUUUGGGUGAACUGACCCUUUUAAAAACUAUGGCUUUAUUUUAAAAAUCUCAACUCAAUUGCCGCCCAGGAAGAGCGCAAGAAGACUUGUAAUACAUUUUCAAGUUACACACUAAAAUGAUGAAGGUUCUCAUCUGAUCCUUUUCUCUACUUCUUGAAAAGUCUUGAAUCAUGCCAUUAUUUUUUGAUACAGUUGGGUUUUUUUCAAAGGAGUAGAUAGUAGAUUGUUUCCUUUCUUGUGUACAGCCAACCCGUUUUUCAUUAGUUGUACUUUUGCACUCAUGUUUAAUUAUGUUUUAUUCUCGCAAAUGGUAUAUCAUGUAUUUUGUGUGUUCUUUUUAUGUAUUUGUCUCAUUGUCUUUUAUCUGUUCUCUCUGCACAGCACUUUGUAAAUCUGGUUUUAAAAUGUGCUAUAUGAAUAAAGGAAUCACUUAUUAUGCUAUUAUUUAAAGCUAUAAA